GCCUCCGCGUCGGCAGCGCACCGUCCAAUGAAAGGACGAAGCGGGCCGGGGCCGGCACCGAGGCCCAGCGCGCGGGAAGGGAGCCGGCCCACGGUGCUGAGGCCGGGGCGGCCGGCCGAGGGCAGGCGGCGGGGGGAAGGUCGGGCAACAUGAAGUGCCUCGUGACUGGGGGAAACGUGCGGGUGCUGGGCAAGGCCGCGCACUCGCUGUCGCGCAUCGGAGACGAGCUGUACCUGGAACCGCUCGAGGACGGGCUCUCGCUGCGCACAGUGAACGCAUCGCGCUCGGCCUUCGCGUGCUUCCUCUUCGCGCCGCUCUUCUUCCAGCACUACCAGGCGGCCCGGCCCCCGCAGGCGCAGCCGCCGCGCUGCAAGGUCCUCAUGAAGUCCUUCCUGACCGUGUUCCGCUCGCUGGCGGCGCUGGAGAAGACGGUGGAGCGCUGCUGCAUCACGCUGAGCCCCGAGAGCAGCCGCCUGGUCAUCCAGCUGCACUGCAAGCACGGUGUGACCAAGACUCACAACCUGUCCUUCCAGGAGUGCGAGUCCCUGCAGGCCAUCUUCGACCCUGCCCUGUGCCCCCACCUGCUCCGCGCCCCGGCCCGGGUCUUGGUGGAGGCCGUGUCGCCCUUCUCCCCGGCGCUGUCCGAGGUGACGCUGGGUGUGAGCCGAGGCCGCCGGGUGGUCUUCCGGAGCCACCUGGAGGAGGACACAGAUGCUGCCAGGGCCAUGAUGACAGAGAUGAGCCUCAGCGAGGACGACUUCCAGGAGCUUCGGGCGCAGGAGGGAGCCUCCGUCACCUUCUGCCUCAAGGAGUUCCGGGGGCUCCUGAGCUUUGCAGAGUCUGCCAACCUCCCCCUCAACAUCCACUUCGAUGCUCCCGGCAGGCCAGCCAUCUUCACCAUUGAGGACUCGCUGCUGGACGGUCACUUUGUCCUCGCUACCCUCUCUCAGCCCGACCUCUGCUCCCAGGAGCCUUGUCUGCCUGGGCAGGGGGCUCACAGCACCACACACCUGGAUGACUUUGCCAACGACGACAUCGACUCUUACAUGAUUGCCAUGGAAACUACUGUGUGUGAAGGGGCAGUGGUGGCCCCCCUCACUCCUUCCCCCGUGUCCGAGGAAGAGGAGGCAGAGCCCAACAUGGUGCCCGGGACCCCUCCCCUAAAAAAGUUCCGGUCCCUGUUCUUUGGCUCAGUCUUGGCCCCGACAGAGCCCCCCUCAGAGCCCAACCCAGUACUAGCAGAAGACAGUGAGGGGGAGGGCUGAACCUCAUUCUCGGGACUCUGACAGCUGUGCCGCCACCUCGGGAGGGGACACCUGGCGUUGGCUCCUACACCUGCCUGGUCUGUGCCAGCAAAGGCCUGAACUGUGCUUGAGGAGAGUGGCCAUCUUAAUGGAGAUGGAGAACCUGGGCCCAGAGGGGACAGAGAGCUGGGUGGUUCUGGGUCUGGCCUGGCAGCAUCCAGGCAGCACCUUCUCCCUUAAUAAAGACUCCCAAGCCGAA